AUGACUGAGUUGAGGGUCAACGACCGAUACAAAGAUAAGAUGUAUCUCGCUCGGAAGAAGCCUCCACCGCGACGCAGCAGUGAUUUCGUGUCGAAGAUCAGACAAAGCAUACGCCUUAUCAGCACGCGAAAGCAAGAACAGAAGGGCAUGGAGCAAACACUAGAUGAUGAGGCGGAGGCCGGCACAGAGGACGACGAAUACCGGGAGCGGCUUUGCAGGGAGUUCGGGUACACCAGAGAGGAGGUUGAAACGAUGCUCAAUCAGAAGACAGCGGGUGGAGAGAAGAAAGAGAAGGUUCAAAAGGCCGAAGAGGAAACAAACGAGGGCGAGUAUGAUGAGGCCUUGUCAGAGAGCGAUGAUGCAGAAGGCAUUGUUGAUGCUCUAUUGGCUAGAUAUACUAUGUAG